AUUUCAACUACAGAAGAUAUACGUACGUGUGUCGAACAAAUUAAGUAGAUGGUGAUUAACGUAUUGGCACUCGCAGUAAAGAGUUUUUGAUACUUGAUAUGAUAUACAUUUUCCUGUGUAAAUAUUACGUGGUGCUUCAGUUAUACGCAUAAUAUGUGAAACUAAACAAAUAUUACAACUCAGUUAAAAAUAAAUAUUUAAAGCAGAAAAAUGACAAAUAUUGCUGUUCUUGGUGCUGGGGUUGUCGGGCUAUCUACUGCAAUCAAUAUAAAGAGAGCCUUGCCACAUGUAUGUGUCACAAUUAUAGCAGAUAAGUUUGGAACUGAAACUACAAGUCAUGGUGCAGGAGGUAUAUUCAAACCAACAGCCAAACUGCUUCCCGGAGUACCAGAAAAUAUUGCAAGAAAAUGGACGAGUGAAUCUUGGAAAUGGUUUUCUGGUUUGACAGUAUCGUCACAAGCUGGUAUCUCCGGAAAUCAAAUGGUAGCUGGAUAUUAUUUUAGUAACAACGAAGUUAAAAAUCCAUUGUACGCAGACUAUGUAUAUACAUUUUCACGAAUGACAGACGAUGAAUUAAGAAGACUGAAUAUGUAUAACAAAUAUAAGUAUGGUUACCAUAUAACAACAGUGAUAACAUAUGUAAAGAAAUAUCUACCAUGGUUAACAAAACUACAUUUAGAUGGUGGAGGAAAAUUUGAAGGAAGACGAAUAGAAAAUUUAAACGAGCUUGUAGGUAAAUACGAUGUUGUAGUGAAUUGUACUGGUCUUGGAAGUAGGAAACUGUUUAACGACAACAAGGUACAUGCAAUCAGAGGUCAGUUGAUAAAGUUGCGAGCUGAUUGGAUAAAAUACUGGAUGUAUACAGACGAUGGAAAGUACAUAUUACCAAAUGAAGACUUGACGAUAAUUGGUGGUGUCAGACAAGUUGAUAAUUACAAUUUAGAAACAGAUGAACAAGAUAAACAGGAAAUUCAACAAAAAUGCUAUAAGUUUUGGCCUCCACUUCAGGGAGCUCAAAUAGACAGUGAAUGGGUAGGUCUGCGCCCAUCAAGGACACCAUUACGUUUAGAAUCUGAAAUAAUAAACUUGUCAACUGGAAAAUUAAAGGUCGUACAUAACUACGGACAUGGUGGCGUUGGGAUAGCUAUGAGUUGGGGAACCAGUUUACAUGCCACAGAACUUGUUAAAGACAUGUUGCAGUCACAUUCACGUUUAUGACGUUACCUGAAUUGAAUAAAACUAGUUGAUUUGUGAUAAUGUUACAAUGUAUAUUGAGAUUGACUUUUGUCUACCGACCACAAAGUGUUCCGAAUGCUCGAUUGGUCUCCGUAUUUACACAAUUGUUUUCAACCAAAAGAAAAGAAUAGUUAAUGUACUAGAAAUUCAAAUACAUUUGUAACGACGAAGACUGUUGAAUUUGUUCUGUUGAUCUGAUAUUUAUACAGUGUUACAUUUGAACUCUUUGAUGGAAAAUUUCUUUUAUAAUAAAAUAAUGCAAUAGAUA